AUGCCAGAGGACUAUGGUUGGAGGGAGAAUAAUGACAAUGGAUUCAACAAAGCUGUUGUAUUCCCUUCUUGUUGUUUAAAAGCUAGGGCAUCUGACCCCAAGCAUGAGGCCAAAUGCCAUCCGACAGUUGUUUCCGGAUGGUUCUCUGGACCUCAGUCUUCCUCCGGUAAGAGUGGCGUGACAUUGUACUAUAAUAAUCCAAUGUGGCCAGGAGAAGCUCAUUCCCUGAAAGUAGAAAAACUUGCUUUUCAAAGAAAGUCAUACCAGGAGGUUCUGGAUUUCAAGGUUCAGCAUCUUAACUGCGGAUAG